UACAACCAGUCGGUCCCCCUGUCGGGCGCGGAGUGUCCCUUAAGCUGUGAAAGAAUGAGGAUGAGCUUUGGGUUAACUUUCAGGACAGCAAAAGGCUGCUGGGUGCCGAACCUCAGCCAGCAGUGCUCACGCGGAUCCACUGGGUUAUUUGUGCCACCAAGUCCUCCUCUGGACUCUGAGAAGGUCAAAGAGUUACAGCGCUUUAUUACCCUUUCCAAGAGACUCUUAGUAAUGACCGGGGCAGGAAUCUCCACUGAGUCGGGGAUCCCAGACUACAGGUCAGAAAAGGUGGGACUUUACGCCCGCACGGACCGGAGGCCCACCCAGCAUGGGGAUUUUGUACGGAUCGCUCAAAUCCGCCAGCGGUACUGGGCAAGAAACUUUGUGGGCUGGCCUCAGUUCUCCUCCCACCAGCCUAACCCUGCACACUGGGCUUUGAGCAACUGGGAGAGACUCGGAAAGCUGUACUGGUUGGUGACCCAAAAUGUGGAUGCCUUGCACACCAAGGCCGGGAGUCAGCGCCUGACAGAACUCCACGGAUGCAUGCACAGGGUCCUCUGCUUGGGCUGCGGCGAGCAGACUCCCCGAGGGGCGCUGCAAGAGCGGUUUGAAGUCCUGAACCCCACCUGGAGCGCUGAGGCCCAUGGCCUGGCUCCGGACGGUGACGUCUUUCUCACUGAGGAGCAGGUACAGAGCUUCCGGGUCCCGCCAUGCUCUCGAUGUGGGGGCCCCCUGAAACCAGACGUCGUCUUCUUCGGGGACACGGUGAACCCUGACAAGGUUGAUUUUGUGCACAGGCGGGUAAAAGAAGCCGACUCCCUCCUGGUGGUGGGAUCGUCCUUGCAGGUGUACUCGGGCUACAGGUUCAUCCUCACUGCCCAGGAGAAGAAGCUGCCAAUCGCAAUACUGAACAUCGGGCCCACACGGUCGGACGACUUGGCAUGUCUGAAACUGGAUUCUCGUUGCGGAGACCUGCUGCCUUUAAUAGACCCACGCUGACCACAGCCUGAUAUUCCGGACCCGGAAACUGGGACUUUCACUUGAAUUCUGCUGCUAAUGAUCCCUAAGGAUUCAUCCCUGCUUCCUCUAACUGAUCCAGGCUUACCAACUGCCGCCUGCAGAGGGCAGCAAACCGACAUCUCUCGGCCAGCCCAUCUCUGAACCCCGCAGCUUUCAGAGCCCAGGAGUUAAAAUCUUCCGGCUGAUGAGAUUAGCCCCUGAAGAGGACUUUUUCAAAGCCGCAGCUUCUUUUGAUAGGAAAACUGCUUUCUCUCCCUUUUUAUCUCAUCAGGCAGAAGAAACAGCCCAGGAAAUAUGUACCUCCAGAGUACUAACCUAGGGAUCUCACUAAUGUGGGUAAAGGGGGAAGGAAACGACUUAAUUUAUAAUUCCGAAUGCAUAAAUGUCUUUAACUGAACCAUUCUGAUAUAUUUUUUGAAAAGACGAACAAUGAUAUGAAUGAAUUUUUUAUAAACCAAGGAAUAGAGGAAGGAUUUU